GACUCACCAGUUCUCAUCGCUUCAAAAAAAUCGAAUCUUUUCUUCACCCUCAACGAAAUGGCUCGCACCAAGCAGACGGCAAGAAAAUCCACCGGAGGAAAGGCACCGCGUAAGCAGCUCGCGACGAAGGCGGCGAGGAAAUCGGCUCCGGCGACGGGAGGCGUGAAGAAGCCGCACAGGUUCCGUCCCGGGACGGUGGCGCUGCGAGAGAUCAGGAAGUACCAGAAAAGCACGGAGCUUCUGAUCCGCAAGCUCCCGUUCCAGCGUCUGGUCCGCGAGAUCGCUCAGGAUUUCAAGACGGAUCUGAGGUUCCAGAGCAGCGCCGUCGCAGCGCUACAGGAGGCGGCGGAGGCUUACCUGGUUGGGCUGUUCGAGGACACGAACCUGUGCGCGAUACACGCGAAGAGGGUGACGAUCAUGCCUAAGGAUAUACAGCUCGCGAGGAGGAUCAGAGGCGAGAGAGCUUGAGGAUUUUGCGUUUAAGUUGUUCGAUGAAUUGCCUCAUUGAAUAUUUUGUUUGUCUUUAUAUAUAUAUAUUUGUUUUUAAGUUUGAUCUGAAACGUAAUCUUGUAAACGCGCCAAUUGAAUUGGUUAUUAUCAAUGUGAACAAUGCUUUUAUUA